UUACGAUAUUUUAAAAUAAAUCACUUUUUAAUUGGAAGUUGAGACCAUCGUAGAUGGGGAGAUUGUUUGUGACACGUGACAAAAAAAAGUGAGGACUUACAGAAGAUCUUGUGUCGUUUCUUUUAUAUAGAAGCCUAAUUUGUCAGUUAAAGAGUAACGUGUCUGCGUUUGAGAAGAUCAAUCCAAUCAAUAUCUGGAUAUGGUUGAUGAACAAGAUAGAUUGUUGCCAAUUGCCAACGUUGGUCGGAUCAUGAAGCAGAUCCUUCCACCAAGUGCCAAGAUUUCGAAAGAAGCCAAAGAGACAAUGCAAGAAUGUGCUUCAGAGUUUAUAAGUUUUGUCACUGGGGAAGCAUCUGACAAGUGUCACAAGGAGAACCGCAAAACAGUGAAUGGAGAUGACAUUUGUUGGGCUCUCAGUUCACUAGGGUUUGAUGACUAUGCCCCUUAA